AUGAGUAAGCAACUCAAAACUCUAUAGGCUUCUAUAGUGUGUGCUGGGUCAGGAAUUUGAACAAUAGAGGGGGCACAGACUCUUUGUCCCUGUCCAGGUAUAAAUGAAACUUGUCCCGACUGGCAGAGCAUCAGUUCAUUCGCAGUUCUAACAGAGAUCUGGGAAACCAAUACAACCAACAUGGGCAAGGUAGGGAGAAAAAAAGUUAUCCAACAUUAAAUAUCCUAAAGAUUUAUCACCAUCUAAACUCUCCAUGCCUUUUUUUUAGAUCAUUCUCUACGAGGAGAGGAACUUCCAGGGUCGCUCCUAUGAGUGCAUGAGUGACUGCUCUGAGCUGACCUCCUACCUGACCAGGUGCCAGUCCUGCAGGGUGGAGAGCGGCUGCUUCAUGGUCUACGAUCGUCCCAACUUCAUCGGAAACCAGGUCUUCAUGAAGAGGGGCGAGUACGCCGACAACAUGAGCAUGAUGGGACUGAGCAGCGGUAUCAGGUCUUGCCGCCUGAUCCCCAUGGUAGGUACCGCAAAGAUCCAAAGAGGUAACACCUGAGGAAAAGCAGGUGGUUGGAAUCCUAAAACUGAAACACCUUUCUCUCUCUUUGUAAAGCAGCACAGAGGCCAGUUCAGGAUCAGGAUCUUUGAGAGGGAGAACUUCAACGGCCAGAUGAAUGAACUGACUGAUGACUGCGAAAACAUCCUGGAGCGCCUCCGCAUGUCCGACUGCCAGUCCUGCAACGUUCUGGAGGGCCACUGGCUGCUGUUUGAGCAGCCCCACUUCAGGGGCAAGAUGGUGUACCUGAAGCCCGGAGAGCAUAGAAGCCUCAGAGAGCUGAGCAUGAGCCUCUCCAGAAUCAUGAGUCUGAGGCGCAUCAUCGACGUGUGCUAA